CCUGUAAUUAAUAGCAGAUGUUGAUAAUAACAUGGAAACUAAGAAUGCAGUUCAGUUCAAUGACACCAUCUUCUUCAAAACAAUAGCUUCCGGUAGCAUUGCAAAGAUUCACAAACUUUUGAGACUGUGUGAUCAAAAGACUACACACUUUUCCAACCACGCCUUAAAUUGGGCUGUUUUUGAGGCUUGUAAUAUAGGUUACAACCAUCUACUUCAGUUUGUCCUCCAAGAUGGCACCCGAUUAGAAGUCAGAGACGACAACGGAAACUCUCCUCUUAUGAUUUGCUCCAAGAAAGGUUUUCCAGGCAUUGUGGGUAAGCUCUUGAGGCUGGGCGCUGAUGUGAAUGCUAAAAAUAGCAACGGCGAUACAUCACUUAUGCUUGCUACGUCAAGGGAAGUAAUUGAGUUACUACUACAAAACAGACGAUUGCAUUUAGAUGAACAAAACUCGACUGGGAACACUGCUUUAAUGUCAGCCAUCGAGACAUCUCAUCUCCAGAAGGUUAAAUUGCUGAUCAAUGCUGGAGCUAACCCGAACAGACAAGUCGGGGAAUGCCCACAAAGUAGCUCGUUUUCGUUGUCUGGUUUCCUAAUCAACAAUGAAGGCGAAAGUGCAUUCGAUGUUGCCAAAAGAAUGGGAUUCGAUAAACUGCUGGACUUGCUGUAUCGUGCCAAAUUGGUCAACUUAAAUCCUUUGCAGUUGGCAGCUAUUAAAAAUGACUUUGAUUCCUGCAUCACGUUGCUGAAGUAUAAAUUAUGUGAUAGAGAAGAAACUCAAAAUCUUCGGCCUGACAUCCUCUGUUAUGUUUUAAAACGGAUACAGCAAAGGGACGCUAUUCUUUCAUCUGAUAUUGAGUUUUUUAGAGAGUUAUGCAGACUUGGCAUGGAUGUCAAUAGAUGUCAGUGCUGCGCAAAAUCACUCAUUGAGCUCGUGCUGAACAUCGGAAGCUACGAUCUGGCUGAAAUUUUUUGUGUCCAUGGCGCUAAGCUCACCCAUGACGAUCUGGUGUCUGCUGUUAAGGGACAACACUUACAAAUGAUUCAACUUCUCAUAAACCAUGGGGCACCCGUUAACAAAUACCACCAUCGAGGCUACGUAACUUACAAGGAUUCAGCUCUUGAUGCAGCAUUGGAGUGCUCUUUUACGAAUGCUGCCAGGGUCCUUCUUGACCACGGUGCUGAGCUCGAAGCCGAUUGCGCUGUCACUCAAGCCUUAAGAAGCAAGAACACGAAGACGCUCAACUUUCUCUUAACCGAAUGUGGUGAAGAGACCAGAGCUGACAUAGCAACACCAGAAACGUUAAUACAGGCUGUAAAGCUAGGAGACAUUCAGCUCAUCCAGCUACUGUUAGGCGCAGGGACGGACAUUGAUGGGGUCCACGAUGAUAAAACUCCUCUAAUGAGCGCUGUCCACAUAGAGGUCAUCGAUUUUUUAUUAAGCAAAGGAGCCGAUGUGAAUUUCAAAACUUCUACCACACCAUUGAUAAACGUUUUAUCUAGGAAUUAUUUCAACGAUAUCAACUCGACAUUUCAUCCUAAACUUAAUUCAAAUGAGAUAGAUCAACACAUAAUCCAUGUGAUUGACGUUUUUCUAAAAAAUGGCGCAAGUUUAGAAGACAAUGAUGAUUAUGGCAAUACAGCUUUAAUAAAAUCCGCUCAAGGUAGCUUCAGUGUAGAGGUUCUCAAAUAUUUACUGGACAAGGGAGCUGACGUAAAUCAAAAAGAUUGUUGGGGAUUAACGGCACUGCACGCAGCAGCAGAGAGUCACAAAUUAGAUUUCGUGGAAGUUUUAUUCAAGUACAAUGUUUCUGUGAACCUGAAAAGUAACGAAGGGCGAACCCCACUACACCUGGCUGUGAGAGAUGUAAAUACUGUUCGAUUUUUUCUGGAAAAUCAAGCAAAUGUAAAUGCUAAGGAUUCCUUUGGGGACACACCACUGUCGCUUGCAGCAGCACGUUAUGGUGACUUGUGGGAAGUUGUCCAACUUCUGAUCGCCUCUGGCUCCGAUAUCAACCACAGAAACACUUCUGGCAUGUCUCCAGUAUGGCUAGCUGCAGAAAAUUACAACUUAAAAUGCCUGGAAUUGUUAAUCGAUGGUAAAGCUGAUUUAGGUCCCAAUUAUCAGCAAAAGAAAUCGGCGUUGUCAAUACUGCUCAACGAAUUGUCCCCCAGUAAAGAAAAACAACAAACAGCUACAAUGCUGUUGGAACAUGGAGCUAGUGUUGAAUUCGUCAAACGAGAUAUCAUCCAUCGCCUCAUCGCUGCUGGUAGUGAUGGCACUCUGAUUCAAAGACUCAUUAAAAUAGGCUUUUGUCCUACAGACAUACUUCUAAAGAGCACUAUCUUUGGCUGGCCUAAGACUUCUGUAUCGCCACUCGCUGUUUCCUUAAUUUUAGACAGCCUUGACCUUGCCCGCUUUUUUAUUGACAAUUGGUAUCUAACAAAAUCAGACAUCAGCAUUUUGUCCAGAAACAAAAAUAUUAUAAAUUGCUCACGACUACGCGAAAAUAAAGCUCUUCCGUAUCUGAAGGAAGUUUCCCGCCAGCCAAUGAGGUUGGAGCUUUUGUGCUUCAUAACUGUCUCGUCUGCUUUAGGUUCAGACCGAGGCAGACGUCAAAGGAUUCUUAACUCUAAACUCCCAGUCCUAUUUCAGGAUAAACUCUUGUUUUCAAAACUAGAGGACAAGGUCCUUGAAGCAGUGGCUCGUAGGGGAAUGUUAUUUCUUCAUGAACUAAAAAAAAACAAAGUUAUGACCUGCUGA